AUGGAAAAAUCACCAGACAGUUGUACUGAAUUUUACAAUGGCACUGAGGACAGACACCCCAACAUUUCUGCAUCUGCACAUCUAGAAGAAAUCUUGUCUUAUUUACUCAUUCUCCUUGGUUUUCCAGGAAUUAUUGGAAAUGGAAUUGUCAUCCGACAUUUGGCUUUCAAGAUGAAAAGGAAUUCUGUCACUGUCUAUAUCCUCAAUUUGGCCUUGGCAGAUAGUGGGACUCUCAUAUUCCUUUUUCUGGCUGGAAUUCGGUACCUAAUUAGUAAGGAUUUUCUCAUAGAAUUAACAGAAGGUUUCAUUUGGACUUACUGCAUCGGUCAACUUCUUCUGACUGUCAUCAGCUUUGACCGAUGUUUGUCUCUCUUCUUCCCAAUUUGGUAUCAGUACCAUCAGUCCACAUACCUGUCCACCACAGUCUGUGUCAUUACUUGGAUAAACUCUUUCUUUAUCUAUGCAUUUAAUUAUGCUCUGUUUGGGUUUGCUUGGUUUAAAGGGUUCCCUCCACUCUACCACAUUCUCAUAUGCACCUCAGUUUGCGUCCCGCUCAUGCUGGUAUCCAGCCUUGCCCUCUUCAUCAAAGGCUACCUUAAAUCACAAAUGAAAAGGCAGGGAAAGCUUCUCACAGCCAUCUUGCUUGCCCUGUUUUGCUUCCUCAUCUUUUCUUUUCCACUAAUUGCCAUUUAUAUCAUCAACGUUAUUUCCAAUAGGAAAUGUUUGAGCUUCAUUCCAUAUGGCUACUUAUAUGCCUGUCUAAACAGCAGUAUUAAGGCAUCAAUCUAUUUUCUACUGGGGAGAAAGAAGGAACAUACAACCAUGUGCAACCUACAAAUUAGCCUUCAGAGACUUUUUGAGGAGGAGGAGGAAGAAGAGAAUGAAAAGCAUCCAGAGGUUCAGGUUGUUAGCCAGUUACAAUAUGCUCAUGAAAAAGAAAUAUCCAUGUUUCUAUAA